GGGCCGGCCGCCGCUGGUUGUUGUAGUAACGGGGAAGCGGCGGGAGUGGCCACCGGAUCGGGCUGCGCCGAUGGGGCUAUGAAGAAGCGGGUAACAGCUGCUGUCAGAUCCCUGGGAUCUGUAGGAGGGAUCUCUGAGGCCGCCGAGCCGGCUGCAUGAGAGCGGCCGGAGGAGAUGCCGGCGGGCGUGGCUCGGGGACUGGAGGGAAGCGGCUCGUCCUCGGAAGAGGAGGAAGAGGAGGAAGAUGCUGGAGACGGGCUGCAGGAUCAUCCGUGCAUCAGGUGGACCGGUGGCGGCUGCAGGCGGAUCCCCAUCUUCGUGUUUCAUGCUGAUGCCAUUCUGACAAACGACAGCUACCUCCGCCUAAUUGGAGAGCGUUAUCACUUGUCCUAUAAGAUUGUACGAACAGACAGCCGCCUCGUGCGAAGCAUACUGACUGCACAUGGAUUCCAUGAGGUGCACCCUAAUAGCAGCGAUUAUAAUCUCAUGUGGACAGGAUCACACUUGAAGCCCUACCUGCUGCGUUCCCUUACAGAUAUCCAGAAAGUGAAUCAUUUUCCCAGGUCAUAUGAGCUGACACGAAAGGACAGGCUUUACAAGAAUGUCUGUCGUAUGCAGCUGUCCCAUGGAUUCAAGACGUUCCAUAUCUUACCUCAGACCUUUAUCCUCCCAGCAGAGUACCAGGAGUUCUGCAGUACCUAUUCUAAGGACAGAGGCCCAUGGAUAGUGAAGCCUGUGGCCUCUUCCAGGGGUCGAGGCGUCUACCUGAUAAACAAUCCAAAUCAGAUUGUACUGGAAGACAACAUCCUGGUUUCUCGUUACAUCAACAACCCCCUGCUCAUAGACGGUUUCAAAUUUGAUGUGCGCCUGUAUGUUCUGGUUACAUCCUAUGAUCCACUUGUCAUCUAUCUCUAUGAGGAAGGAUUGGCCAGGUUUGCAACUGUGAGGUAUGACCAGGCAUUGAAGAACAUUAAAAACCAAUUUAUGCAUCUGACUAACUACAGUGUCAACAAGAAGAGUGGAGAUUAUGUCAGCUGUGAUGAUCCUGAAGUGGAAGAUUAUGGAAAUAAGUGGAGCAUGAGCGCCAUGCUGAGGUACUUAAAACAAGAGGGGAGAGACACUGCAGCACUGAUGGCCAGUGUGGAAGACCUGAUUAUCAAGACUGUAGUAUCUGCUGAGCAGGCCAUUGCUACAGCUUGUAAAACUUUUCUUUCACAUCGUGGCAGCUGCUUUGAGCUGUAUGGAUUUGAUGUCCUUAUUGAUGAUACUCUCAAGCCCUGGCUGUUGGAAGUGAACCUAUCUCCAUCACUGGCCUGUGAUGCACCUUUGGACCUCAAGAUCAAAGCAAGCAUGCUCUCAGAUAUGUUCACCCUUGUAGGCUUUGUAUGUCAAGAUCCAGGCCAGCGAUCAAGCCGGACUGCUUAUCACUCAUCAGAGUCUGUCAGGAGAAACCCAUACCAGAAGCUGCAGCGUCCUGUGUCUGCACAAUCCCAACCAACAAACACCAGACUGCGUACCCGUCCUCUUUCUGCCAGCGAUGCUGAAAUGAAAAACUUCAUGCCCUCAGGGAGAGAAAAAGCAACAGGAAGGCAAGGAAGCUCUAUGCUGGGUCUCUCCGUGGAAGAGAUAAAAGUUCUUCGUCGAGUGAGAGAUGAGAAUGAACGGAGAGGAGGUUUCAUCCGCAUAUUUCCUACCCCAUUGACAUGGGACCUGUAUGGAUCCUUUUUAGAGUACAAGACAUCAAUGAACUACAUGUUGGCUACACAUCUGUUUCAAGACAGGGACAAGAUGAAAGGAGACUUUUUCACUGGAAGAUCUCGAGAAGAUCUUAAUGGGAGGCUGGAUAUGAAUCUGGAAGCUGUAGACUCUCAUUCUCUCUUUUAUGAGAGAAAGCUUGUUUCACUGGAGUUAAGGAAGCACCGGCGAUGUCGUACCAAAGCUAGAGCAGCACAAACAAGGUUAUCAGGGACAUCACAACCCACAAAGUUGUCCCUCACGGACACAGAAGGUGAAGAGGAAGAGGGGGCGGCAGAUGAAAAUGAAGAACAAAGUGGAACUCUUGGCUCCCUUUCAAACAGGCAAUUGAAAAGCAAGCCAAAGCUCUCUGACCUGGAGAAAGCUUCUAGUAAGGAGAUGUUGACAGAAAAACUUGACAAGAAAACAAGAAGUGAAGGAGGGCCAUUUCUUGAAAAGAUAGACUCAAAGUCUCAGUUUAACUUGCUGCAGAUUCUUAAAAAAAAUGGAAAUCUAAGCAAAGUGCAGGCCCGUAGGGCUUUCUCUGCCUAUCUACAGCAUGUUCAGCUGCGACUGAUGAAGGAUGCUGGUGACCAGUUCCAGAAUGCUGCCUGGGCUGCAAAAGAAGAUGAGCAAAUGGAGCUUGUAGUCCACUUUCUGAAGCGAGCUGCCAGCAAUCUUCAGAAGUCCUUGAGGAUGCUGCUUCCCAGCCGUCAUUUAGGACUAAAUGAUCGUCGUCGUAUCCUGGCUCACCAGUUGGGCGAGUUCAUAAUCUGUUAUAACAAGGAAACAGAACAGAUGAUUCGGAAGCGAUCAAAAAAGAAACAGGAAGAGGAAGAGGAGGGAGUGAAUCCUGAAGGUUUUCAGAACUUUAUUACCAGAGCAAGUGAGAGAGACUUGGAGGAAGUGCUGACAUUUUACACACAAAAAAGUAAGUCAGCAAGUGUCUUCCUAGGAACAAACUCCGGGACCACAAAACCCAGGAACACCAGUAACCAGUCAGAGAAUCAGCCUCAGGGGGACCACCCUGAGGUGAUGAAAAAAAUAAAAGGUGAUCAACCCAAAGGUUCAGUUGCAGAUCUGCCUGUAGAAGGAAGAGUAAGAGACUGUAAACCCAAAGAAGUGAAAUCAACCUAUCCAGAAAGAUCCACCUUCUCCUUAAAUGCUGAAGUGAAAUUACCUCGGUGCUGCCCUCCUAGUGCUGCUUCCUCUGCUUCUGGUGCCACGUUCCGGAGAAGUACCAGUUCCCAGUUACCAUCUCAACCUGCAGCCUCUGGAAAUCCACAGGUGCCUGGUCACUGUUCAUUGCCGACUCCUCCAAGUGGUCUAAGGAUAAUUCAUUCCUCAUCUUCCCUACCUUUGUCCCAGAGCCAGAGCACAGCCACUGACUGCUCUUCUGUCUUCACAAACCCAGUGUCCAGUGAGGCUUCUAGCCUUGCAGGGUUACAUCGUUGUUCUGGUAGCUACACCAUUGGCCCACUCUCAUCUUUUCAGAGAGCUGCUCAGAUCUACAGCCAAAGACUGUCCCGAUCAACCUCUGCAAAAGCAGGUAUGCGCCACCGCAGUCCAAGUGGGCAGCGUGUGAGUUCUGCCAUGAUGAACAAAGGUACAGAAGAUGCUCCUUCCCUGGGCAAAUGUUACAGCCCCAGUAUGGUAGCAGCAGAACUGCAGCAGCUGGCAGAAAAACAAGCAGCUUGUCAGUAUUCCCCACCAAGCCACAUCAGUCUCCUUACACAGCAGUUAACAAGCUUGAACUUAGCAAGUGGAGCUGUAGGCAAGGGGAAUGCAGCUGUGCCCCCAGGCUACCGAUCAGUGCUCAACAGAAAAGGGCCAUUGUGGGCUGUUCAGUCAGACACUCUUACAGAUGACAGAAGAUGUAUCUCUUCAGCAGUCAGGGCUCCAGAGAGUGAUCGUUUUGCCUGGGAAGGGGAGGUGGAGAACAAUGUCUACAGCAAAGUGACACGGAGUCCACUGGCACACCCCAACUAUCAGCUGAAUUUAGCCGUGCAGCAACUUCAGCAGCAAAAACUUCAGUCACGACAGCUAUUGGAGCAAAGCCAAGCCCGACACCAGGCUCUCUUUGCCAGCUACUCGCAAUCCAGCACCAGCCAUGUGCCUAUGUCGCCUGGCUCUGGUGCGCACAAGACAUCAAGUGCCACUUCAGGUAUCCAGAAGGCAGCCAGUUUGCACAAAGUGGUGCCAUCCCAGUGUACGCCUUCUCAGCUGGUUCCAAAGCCUCCAGCAAACCACAGACAGGCAGUGGUCAGAAAAACUGCAGCCCAGAGGAUUUCCAAGGUGACCUCCGUUGAAAGGCAACUUAACGGAUUCCAGAACAGCCUUCGCAGUGCUGCAUCCUGUGAACCGGGGUCGAAUUCCACAGCUUCUGCUUGCAGAAAAGGACUAGCAUUGAACACCAGGUGAGGAAUCCAGUCUUGCUUCCAAGUAUGGGGCAGAGGAAAGAGGCAGCAGUGACUUCAGACCACCACGCUCCUGUAACAUCCAGGGCAGGGUGAACAGGAGUCCCUGCUGAGAGACAAGCUACAGAGGAGAGUACCUGAACAUCUGUGGAAGCUGGAGAUGCAGCUGUAAGCUGAUGACUGCCUCUGAGAACUUCUGCUGAUGAGUCUGGGGGUCUCUUCCAACUCUUCCUGAUCACUAACUGUGAGAUCUUUUUAUAACACAGAGGUUCUCCACCUGUCUGUAUUGUUUCUCCCAAGGUCCAAGUUUGAAUGUAAAGAUUCCCCAUUUGCGCAGCCAUUUCAGGCUGUCUUAGUCUGGUAACAGCCAGUAUUCUUUGCUGCCAUCACAGCAACCAGCAGCAGGGAAAAAUCUUAGACCAUAUGAGUAGAAACAUCCUUACCGUUGCCAUCUUGAAUUUUGGCACAGAGCCAUGGAAAUGCUCAGUUUGAAUAAAGUAAUUUCAUUUGUUUGUUUUGAUUAUAAUUUCAGUUAUUAAUUCACACCCCCCAAAAUAUUUGCUCUUAGAUGGGAUUUUAAAUCUGUCAUUGUUUCACUGCUGGAUGCUUAUAUUUGUGUGGUUUAUUUUUGCAUUUUGAUUUCUGUUUGUUUAGGCUAUAUAAACGUCUUUAAUUGGCUGGUUGUUUCAGACCCAAGGUUGAACUCUGAGGCCCAGGUGGCUCCUAUCAGUUGCAAUGGUGGCUUAGUGAAGCGCUUCAGUUAGAAUUUUCCUAAUGUUAUGAAAAUUAAUUUGCUUGUGUUAGAAAACAACAUCAGCAGCUGGAAAAUAUAUUGGAGAGAAGAUCCACCCUUGCUUAAAAUGAACAGGAAGCAGCUUCAGCUCUGGCUCUUCGCUGAUGCCAGGUUAAAGGAAAGCUUGCCUGUUUUCAUGGUGCACGCCAGAGUCCUGAAGGGUGAGGUAAUACAGAGUUUAUGCAGACAUUUUGUGCUGUGUUCAGGUGAUGAGCACACUACAACAUUAAGAGAGAGAUGUGAGAUUCCUUCCAAGAAACAUCUGACUUAAGGUUUGCUUAAUUAAACUUCCAAGGACUUUUUCCCUUUCAUUCCUACAUUUGCUUCCCAUUGGAAUCCUGGGCUUACUGUUUGAACCCGUAUGGGUUAUUUGGUGCUAUUUAAAUAGUUGGAUUUAAAAAAAAAAAUUUUUUUUUUUUUUUUUUUGCAGUAUCUGGCUGAUUGAUCCUGUUCAUACAGUUUCCUUUGGGCACACGCUAUUCCUGUGAAUCUGGCAUGUGUUUUUCCAAAAAGAAAUUUCUGAGCUUUAUAUAAACGUGGGACUUGACCUAUUUUUCUUCAUUCUAGAACCUCAUGUUUCUAGAGCUAAGACAUUCUUGCUUAUGCUAAACAUCAAAAGGAUCUAAUUUCUACAGAAUGGGGUCUGCCAGACAGUCCUGGAGAUUGGUUAUAACAAGAACACAAAACUUAGUGUUCAUAGUUUUAUUAAUGCAGAAAAUCUUAAACUGGAAAGAAGAUGAGUAAGGAGAAAUGUAAGGGAGAAGGUGAAAAGGAAAUCAUUGUUCCAGUUUUGAAUCAAAUGGAACUAGCAGAUAACACAUUCGAAGCAGAGGGGAAGAUAAAAGCUGCUUUCUUUCACAGUAUUUAAUUUACCUGUGGAACUUCUUGUCACAAGGUAGUUGGAGACAAAAGCAUGCUUGUGGUUUGAAAAGGCAAGUACACAAAUUCAUGGAAAAUAAAUCUAUUAAGGUAUAUUAAAUAUAACCAAAAAACAAGCAGAAAGUUUCUAAGCCUUUUCAGGUGAUUGUUUAGGGGAAGUCUCAUGAUGGGUUUUUCCAAUUCUUAGCUUGUCUGUCAGGUGUAAGCUGCUGACUACUUGUCACGAAGAAGAGGUAGGCCAUAGGCAGUCUUGUAGUCUGGCUUUGUAUGAGUGUUUCAUUUGGUCAGUCGCAGUGCAGCCUGCUGGAGCAGCCAAAGUAAAGCUGCCUUUCAUGACAGUGGCAUGUUCCACCCGAAUUCACUGGUGUUGGUGGUGUUGGGUUCUCUAAGGAAAGUCUUAAUUGCUGACAUUUACCAAGAUUGUCUGCACCUCCACCUGGACAAGCUCUGUAUAUGCUGCAGAGGCUUUCAAAACAUUGAAGCUUUUACAAGUGCGUAAGAUCCACCUCUAGACCAACCAAUCACUUGUGAUUUUAGAGGAAAGUGGGUUGUAGUUUGGAAGUCAUCCAUAAUGUGAUGUGUGAAUGGUUAUUCACUUAAAUAUGGAAAAGAAAGUUACUUAUCACUAACAGAAGCUCUUACCUUAUCUUGUACAUGCACACAUUUGCUUCUUGCCAUCUUUGUCUUCUAAAAUGCCUGAGUGCAGAGAACCUUCAGGGUGAAUGUGCACAACCACAGCACACCUUAAACAAUUUCAGUACUUGGUAGCUUUUCUUCUGACUUUAGAACCCAACUGCCCUUUCCAGACAAUGGGAUCAAGUUUCUGUGCUGCUUUAGAGAUGAGUAGUUAAGAAACAGAAGCAGGUCAUCUCCAAACUUACUGGAUUCUGUGCAGUUUCACCACGAAGGACAAACUCCCCUGAACAAAAGGUGACAAAUGAGGCACCAUGAGGAGUCUGCUGUCUGUUACCUUACCAAAAAAGGAUUUUAUUGGCCUUCAUUGAAAAUGAGUUUUCACUUCUGUUUCCAAUUUAAAGGAAAGAAUCACUGAUGACUGUGGACACCCUGGUGUGAAGUCUUUACCAGUGGUAUUCAGUGAAUCAUAAUCAUUCCCUAGGGAAAAUAGUAUACUUAACAGGGCCUCUUCUCUAAAAGUCCGUGCCUACAGUGCACACAAUGAACUUGAGAAAUUUUACAUUCUUUACAAAGGGAUUGCUUCUUAUCUGACCUCUUAGUUUAAAAAAAAAAAAAAAAGUCUUAAGGAACAAAUCUGAUGCAAUUAUUAAGAAUUUCAGGGAAGUUCACCAUCUAUUUUCGUCGUCUAUUUGGGACAGCUGCAGGUGGUAUCAUCUCUAAAAGGAAUUUCAGCAUUGUAUGUGGCUUUUUGCCUAUGUGUUGUGAGCACUACCGUGUUAAAAUUCAUGAGACAAUCUUUGAAAAGUUCCUUUACUGCCAAGUCCAAAUGUUUAGCUGUCACUGCUUUGUCAUUCCACUGUAGAGAAAAAUUACCUUUUUGUUCUAUUGAAGAAGAAAAAUUAGAAGGGAUUUUUCCCCACUACUUCUAUUCAUUAGUACUAAAGGUUCUCUUCGUAUUUUUUAAGAGUUUUUGCCUUACUUAUGUGACCUUCUGAAAAUUGCGUGCUGUAUCAGAUAUGUCUGUACAUCUGUGAUGUCGGUGUCAUUCUUCAUGGUAUGCAGUUGGACGAGUGUACAUCUACUGGGAGGGCAAAUGAGACUGUGGCCAUCUCAUUAGUGUCACUAAUUACAGUUCUUACACUUGCAGUUGCAUGAUUCUUUCCCCAUCAAUGAUUCUUAAAUCAGGGAUGUUUUCCCUCUGGAAAUCAUGUUAUUUCCACCAUUUCUAAUUCUAGAAAUUCAAUGUGGAAUACAUUUUGUCUGUGAUAUCAGCUGGGAAAUUAUUUUUCUUGUUCACAGAUGUGUUUUUCUUGUUCACUCAUGUCUCCAUAUGUCUGCUGAAAGUUCUUCUUGAAAAAUAGCUAAAAAUAAAGAUUGGCGACUCUUCCUGCCAAACUGUGGCUCUGCAAGUGUUCUUAGGUCUUGUGAACGACUUGGGCAAAUGCAAGUGAUGUUGAUUUAAAAAAAAAAAAGGACAACUUAAGGAAUAUAGGCAGCACACUGUAGCUGUUGCAAAGCUAUGCUUUCCUGAGGUUUUAUUGACAUCUCCUUUAUUUUGUUUCUCUCUGUUCUGUUUGUUUACUGUUCUUCAGAUUAGCACAAUAGAAUGCUUGGCAUAGUGGUAUCCAAAUGAGAUCUUCAGAUCCUGAAGUAUAGUUAGAGAUAUCUGUAGAAAGCAUCUUUUGAUGGAGAAGAUUCAAAUGGUGUCACUCAAAGCAGCUUGUUGCAAGCUGGACAUCUUCCAAAGGCUCUUGUUGCAAGUCAGACUAUCUGCUACUGCUUUCUCCAAAAAGUGAAGUUUCUUACAAAUACUUCAAAGCAGUGGAGAUCUCCUAAGCAUGUAGGCCACAGAGUUUCAGCACUUCAAAAGACCAUACAUUUUUGGUUAAAGAAAAGCCCAGAACAUGGUCACCAAGACAUUCCCCAGUCAUUACACUGCAUGCAUUGCAGAGAUCUUCUAAGUUUCUCCCAUGGCUGUACAGCAAAUCUUUGCUUUGUCGUGCUUCGUAAUGGGGAUAAUAACCUCAAAAGGAAGAAUAGAUCCUUCCUGAAGAAUGUCAGGAAAUCUCUGGUCUGAUCUGACUCAGCUUGCUUCGUGCAUCAAAUAAUGAGUGUGCACUGGUCAUGGUAUAUUAAUACAAUGCCUCAUGCUAAUUUCUGUGUACGAAGGAUGAAUGUUUGCAUGCAGCUGGUGAAAAAUGUCUGAGUGGUGGCAAACCUGGAAAGAAAGUCACCUUCACUUUCUGCAACACGCAUAGCCCCUAUGUGUAAUUAUUUCUUGCAUCAGUCUUUAUAGAUAGCAUGAGGUACCAUCCUGCCUAGCCAGUUAAGUGGAAUGAGAUAUAAAGAACAUCACCCUGCACAGAGACCAUUACCCCCCUGAAUGGAGAAAUAAAUGUCUGUCUUUAGAAGUUCCUGCUUGCUUGAAAGAGUGGUAUUCCUUGCUGUAAAUCAACAGUGCCAGCAUAUACCACAGGGGACAGAGCUUCUGCCUGAAAACUAUUCAGCAAGUCUGCAGGAAGUGGGAAGCCAAUAACAUGUGGGAUUUUUUUGCUACAAACCACAGCUUUAAAGUACUUCUAUUUUGUACUAGAUAUAAAGGUCCUUAUCCCUAAGUGUAUUUUCCAUGAAAUCAUAGUCCAGUACCAGAAGGGGACCAGCUGAUUGGUUGAAUGCCUUCAGACCAUCCCUGCCAUCUUCCCUAUGCAACUUAGUCCUGAGGAUGGAUGUUCUAAAAGCAGCUGAGUAACUGAUGUCUGUAAUCUUUGAAAUUGGUCUUUCUUGGAAACACACUGUGACAUCCAAGGCACUGUGUAAAGCUAUUUCUGAAACUACAGGCAUAAGCACAACUACGGAAUUUCAAGUGCAAUACUGUUUUUCAGAGAGGAGUGAGAUUGACAAACAUUAAUUGGCAAUUUUCAUUUGCUGUAUUUCUCAGCGAUGUAUCUGUAUUUGUUUCUAAGACAAUUUGAUUCCCAAUAAGUAAAGCUGUCUCUUCUGUUUUGACUUGUUGCAUGAUAAAGGAUCUUGCAUUUGUACAGGGUAUCAGAAGCCUCUAUUCAAGAGAGGACUAAAGACACUGGGCUUAGUUGCGUCUCUCUGUCACCUGUGGAGCUGCAUGAAGAAUGAAAAAAGGCUUAAAUGACUUCCCUAGAAAUGAAAGAAAACAUCUGUAAAGCAGAGACUUGAGUGUUCAAGUGUUCUUUUGCUCAAUGCCAUAGUAAACAUGUUAUUACUUUUA